CAUCAUUCCGAAUUGUUUGUUGAGAGCGCGAAAUAAAAAUGCCAGAAAACGCAGAUACCGAGCAAUUUAAUGCCGAUGAGCUGGAGGCUCCUGCAUGGCUGAAUGCCCAGUUUAUUACUGACGUUCUUAGAACCUACGAAAAGUGUCCGGAACUGGAGGUUACCGAUCUUAAAAUCACUCCGGCGAGUGCCCAGGGAGAUCACUACGCAAGCGUAAUGUUCCGUACUACUGCUGAGUAUACCACUUCGAAAGGAAAGUUCUGUAAGCCGCUAAUCAUUAAAACGAUGCCAGAACAAGAAGGACACAAGAAGGAUAUGCUUAGCGACUCACAUUUGUUCUCCACCGAGAUUAAUGCUUACACUAAGGCUCUGCCCGAAUUCGAGAGAAUUCUCCGGGAGGCAGGCGACGAUACAAAGCUAUUUGUGCCCUGUAUCUACCACAGUCUAGAGCCUCGGCAGGUGUUAAUAUUCGAGGAUUUGGUGCCGCAGGGAUACUUCGUGAUCCGAGAUCGUCCAAUAAACAUGAACGAAUACAAAAAUGUUUUCUCCAAACUGGCCAAAUGGCAUGCUGUUAGCAUGAAAGUCUUGAAUGAGCAACCUGAUAUCUUGAAAGACUUCAAGUAUGGGCUAAUGGAAAUGCCUUCUAUUAUGUCGGAUCCAAUGGUUACUACUGGAAUGGACAACUUUUUGAAAAUGAUGGACCAGAUUCCUGAACUUACAAAGUACAAGCCACACUUUGAGAAAAUAAAAGAGAACUACAUACAGCGUAUGGGUGAUGUAAUGCAGGAAUAUCGCAAGAACGUUCAAUCCGAUGGAUACUACGUGAUGUGUCACGGAGAUUUUCAUGGCCGAAAUAUGAUGUUCAAUAAAAAUGAGGAGGUCAUGUUUGUAGAUUUCCAAAUCUGUAACCUGUGUCCCAUUACAAUCGAUUUGAGUUAUUCUGUGUACAUGCUCAUGGAGCCAGAGCAGCGAUGGGAUCUCGGAAAGGAUCUUAUUAACUUUUAUUUUUCGGUUUUGGAGGACACGUUAAAAAAAGUUGGCUACAAGGGCAAGAUGCCGACCAAUGAUGGUCUGUGGAAGCAAAUACACCGACACAAGUUUUAUGACUUCUUCCUUUUAACCACUUUUUCGCCAAUGAUUGUGGCCGUUAAAGCGAAUACGUUUAAAAUACACGAGUUAAUUCAAGAUCCGGAAAUCAGACAAAAAUCAUACCUCUAUGACCCUUAUGUUCAAGAUGUCAAAAAGCUUUUGGGUAAAUAUGAGGAAAUGGGAUACUUUAACGAUCUUUGAUCUAUUUUUAAAGCUAUCAGUUAAAAUGUGUAUAUAUUGCAUGGCUAAUUGAUCGCAACUAUAUGAACCAUGUAAUUUUUUAGGGUUUCCUUUUGCUUUAAAUUAAAUAACAAAACGUAUCAUCAA